AUGCCCGUCGGCUUGGAUGAUAUCCCUGCUGAAAGAGUAUGUCAAGACACCGAAUACAAACAUGGGGUAGUAAAUGAACGGAAUGGGCUUGGUCCAUCAACCAGCAAAGAACUCAUUGCCAGUGCAAAACCCAUCGAGCCUGUCUAUAACGGGGAUGAUCUAUUGGCCACUCAGGGACUCAUCCCAGCUGAAAAGUCCAUCGCCGCUGGCCAACCUGCUACCACUGAACAAUCCCAUGUUGCUAAAACACCUGUCGAGUCAUUAGAUGGCCUCUUCAAGCCUCAAGGCCCAACUGGGUCAUCCUUGUAUUCAACUGAUGAGCUUGUUGUGCAUGAACUGGCGCAACUUGGCAAUCUGACUACCUCAAAGAGGCACUGUCCUGCUUGA